UCAUUAGGAGACUCUAAAUAGCACAGAAAACUUAAAACAGUUUUUAUUAAGCAGUGGAAUUUCGGAAGAUGCCGUCAACAUUCUAAAAGAUACCCGAAACAGAGUGGAUUAAAAAGUGAUCCGUUUUUGUAAAAAUACAUUCACAUAUUACUUCUGAUUUGCUUUUAUUUUUAAAUUUAAAAUAUAACUUUCAAUAUUAUAACAAACACAAUGACUUUACUUAAAUGUUUUAAAUGUGGAACGUUAUCAACCACAAUUAGGCAAUUUUCUUUACAUUUUUGUCGUCAUCAUGCUAUUAUAGUUAGCAGAUCUUACUCAUCAGGGUUUUAUUGUAAACAAGAAAAUUGUGAUAAACAUUUUUUAAGAUUUGAUUCUUUACUUCGUCACAUUAAAAAAUGGCAUGUUGUCUGUGAUGAGAUAUGCUAUUCAGAUAUCCACUCAUUCAUGAAAUCUAAUAAUCCCAAUACUUCAGAAAAGAUAGAAAUACAAUUCUCAAAAGAAGAAAUACAUGAAAAUAAAGAUUAUGAUAGUAUUAAUUUUUAAGAAUCAUUAAAAGAAUUUGAUCUCUCCAAGAGUGCACGAAAAUUUAUUGCGAAUUUAAGAAUAUUGUCCAAUUUUACUGGUACAGCUAUAGCUGCUAUAACAAAUGCAGCACAGUGCUUAGUUUCUGAUAUUUCUGAUUUUAUUCGUGAGGAAAUGUUUAAUUUUUGUAAAAAACAGAAUACAAGCAUAGAAUCUUCUGAUAUUCAGGAACUAUUAAAUAAGUUAAAUUUUGACAAUUUAUUUGAGAAAACUGAUACCUUACAAGCUCAGAUAAAAGUGGUCAAGAACACUUAUCAUUAUAUAUGAUAAACUCAGUUGAAAUACUUCUUGGAUUCAGAAUGCAGCAAUAUUUUGAUAGAAAAGAACAAAUGUGGGUACAAAAAAAAAUUUAUGAGACUUUUCAGUAUGUCCCAAUUAUUGAAAUGUUGAAAUUAAUAAUGUCUCACUCAUCCAUGCGGAAUUAUGUUCGUUCUGAACAAAACAGCUCAGAUAAUUUACUUGUAACUUUUAGAGAUGGAAUCAGUUAUAAACAAUAUCCAUUUUUUCUACGUUAUCCAGACGCAUUAAGAAUUCAACUGUAUUAUGAUGAUGUAGUUGUUAAUAAUCCAUUGGGCUCUAAAGUUUAUCCUCACAAAAUUGGAGCUUUUUAUUUUGUAAUUCAAAAUUUGCCUCAAUAUAUUAACUCUUCUUUGGGAGGAAUUCAUAUUCUUAGUUUGUGUCAUACUGCUGAUAUUCAAAAAUAUGGCAUGAAAGCUAUAUUUAAACCAUUUUUGCUGGAUUUAAAUAAACUUGAAAGUGACAAUGGUGUAAAUGUUAUAUAUAAUGGAACACAUUUCGUAUUAAGAGCAAGUAUUGCUGCAGUUUGUGCUGAUGGAUUGGCCCCGCAUCAGUUAUUAGGAUUUUUAAGUCCAUCUGCUAAAUAUUUUUGUAGACUUUGUAUGAUCAAUAGAGAUGACUUCAAGAAUAAUAGAAAUUUAAAUGUUGUUUCUUUACGUACAAAGCAGCUACAUGACAAACAAUUAAAAGAAAUAAAUACUCAACAAACAUUAAAAGAAAUUGAAAAUUCUAAAACAAAGUCAGGUAUUCUAGAAGAUAGUGCAUUACAUUCUUCUCGCUUUUUUCAUUGUACAAAUAAUUUUGUCUUUGACCCUAUGCACGAUAUUUUAGAAGGUAUCGCACCAAUGGAAUUAAAAUUGGUUUUGCACUAUUAUAGCACUUGUGAUGAUUAUAAUUUUAACAUAGAUAUGUUCAACAACAGAAUAAAUUUAUUUCGAUAUGGUUUACCAGAAAAUAAAAAUAAACCUUCCGUAAAUUUUUCUUCAGCUUCUAUUAAAUAUCAAAAGGAUUACAAACUUUCACAAACUGCUGUGCAAACAUGGUGUUUAUUAAAAGUUUUUCCCUUCGUGGUUUCAGAUUUAGUACCUGAAAAUGAUAAAUAUCUAUCGUUAAUUUUAAUAUUGAAUAGAAUAAACGAAAUAGUAUUUGCUCCAAAAUUGACACGCUCUAUUUUGCCAUAUUUAUCAGAAUUAAUUGAGGAAUACAAUUGUUUAUUCCGAGAAUUAUUUCCAGCUAUAAGUCCAAUUAAUAAGCAUCAUCAUUUAACUCACUACCCUCAGUGUAUAUCUUUUUCUGGUCCUUUACGUUGGCUAAAUUGUUUACGAUUUGAAGCAAAACAUAAUUUCUUAAAAAAAUAUGCAUCUAUUGUAUGAAAUUUUAAAAAUAUUACAAAAACAUUAAUUAAUUAUUGCCAGUUAUCUCAAUGCGCAGUUUGGGGUACUAAUGAAGAGCCGAGAAUCAAAUUAAAAUUUGUUAACGGAUCUAAAGUUUAUGUUGAAAAUACUUAUUGCUGGCAGCAAUUAUAUCACAUGAAAUAUCAGGCAAAGACAAAAUUAUUAAAGUUGAUAAAGCAAAGGUUUACAGUACAGAAUAUCGAAAAGGUUUGUUUGUUGCUAUCGACAAUGGAGUACAAGAAAAUAGUGAAAUUACAUUUGGUUGUAUUCAAGAAUUAAUAAUACUAAAAGAUGAUCAAUUGUGGUUGUGGUGUGAAGAAUGGCAGUAUCUUGGUUAUAAUAAAUCAUUAAAUGCUUACUAUGUAUAUCCUAAAUUAGAUUCAUAUAGAUUUGUAAACACUGAUGAGUUAUGUGAUCUGAAACCAUUUGCAUUAUGGACUGAUUUUAAGACUAAUUUGUCUUGUAUUGUUCUGCAUCAUAUAUUAUUAUAAAAAUGUUUUAUGACUAUAUCUUGUAUAUAAUCGCACUUUUUUAACUUUCAUCUAUAUAUCUAUCUACAUAUAUUAAAAUUUUAAUUCAUUCAUCUAAGUGUCUUGUACAUAUAGAUAUUCUGUUUUUUAUUU